AAAGGAAAUAUCUUUUAACUCAAAUAACAUAAAAAGGAUACAUAAUAAAAGGCAGCUCACAUGUCCAGCUCCUUCCAUUUUUUACGUGAACUUCUCACCAUAGCUUAGAGUCAAGGUCAUUCCUAAGUAUUUAGCGGAGUUAAAGUACGAUAUUCGUGCAACGUCUAUGAAAAUUGACACCGCUACGUGGUUAUAGCCGAGUCAACAACAGCGCGCCAGCCGUUUCUUCUUUUCGGAAUUUGGAUUUUGACGCCAAGUGCAGCCAACUAGUACUAUAAAAUUAAUCACUAAACAGUAGAAUUGUCAUUUGCUUCUAGUCUUAUUUAUAACAAAUGAUGUUAAGUAGUGAAAGUACACCGUCCAUUGCUAAACAAAAAACACAGCAAAGCAAUAACACCGCUAAUUUAAGUCCGAAGAAAAAUAUCAAAAGUUUGCAUGAAUUAUUUUUGGAAAUACUGGACGCAGUGCUAUCAUGCGUCAUAGUGGCACCUUGCGUAAUCGCCUAUUGGCGAGGAACUUGGGAGCUGAUGGGUGUUUUAUUAUUUCCACGAAGCAUGCCGCUAUCUGCGCUCAUGUCCUUUUUGAUUGGUCUUUCGGGUCACUUCAUCUUUACAAUCACGCAAUCUUGUUUUCGAAGAUACAUCAAUCCUGAUAAGCGCCGCCUUACCUAUUACGUAAUUUCGCGAAGCUAUACAGCUUUAUUUGGCAUCGUAUGUGUGAAUAUGUGGCGCGGUUCGUGGAUCUUAUGCGAUUGGCUCACCAGUGCGGACUCCUUAAUAAUUAUUGCCGCAGUAACGCUGGUGUCUUUGGUGUUUUUAAUUGCAACACGGACUGUUCGAAACCUGAGCGCCGCACCUUAUGCCAUUACAAUGGACCAUAAAAGUGAUUAUUUCGACGUUGACACUAUGUUUCAAAUACCGGGUUUCCACCAACCUGGUUUAUACGUUCUCGACACACUGUUUUCCGUUUUAGUCAUUGGAACAUUAGUUGUUAUUGUCUGGAGAGGAGUAUGGGGAAUAAUGGACAUAACAUUUUACCCGUUCGACCGGACAAAGUCAUCUUGGAGUUCUUUGAUUCUUGGCUACAUAAUCGUCGUCAUAACUUUCGCUAUUAAACCUAUUAUACGCUGCAUAUGCAAGAAAAUUGACGGAAUAUGUAAAUUAAUUAUUUGUGACAUGUUCUAUUUUUUAAUAUUUUUUGGAGCUGUAAAUGCAUGGCGAGGAAUAUGGAACCUGUUGGAUAUUUACGUAUAUCCAGACAAUAAAAUACUAAGCUAUUGGUUAACACAUCUUAUACCAUUCCUUGUACUUGCUGCCCUGAAAUGCUCAAAUUCCGUAUUAGUGCGUGGGGUUUUCAUUGAUGCGGAAGGUACACCCGAUGAAUGUGUAACUAUUCCAAUAAAUUAUGUUAAGCUACAUUUUGAAAGAGAACGCAAAAAGAAAUGUAUAUAUAUGUGCCAUCAGAUGGAUAUGAAGAAAAAGACGAAUAAGGAUGUCCAAAUCAGUUUACUCGAGAAGUCUGAGAAAGUAGUAAUUAAGAAGCAAGCUGGCAAAGAUGCAACACGUCAUGUAUAACCAAUAAACAUAGAUGCAUGUAUGAAAUAUUUUCCACAUGAGAAGUAGAUCCAACCGUGCAUAUAGAAGUAGAUCCAACCGUAAUACAUAUGCGAUUUACCAGAAAAAAGAGGAAAUUUUAAGGACCCAUUAAAAUUUUACCGAAUGUAAAAGUGCUUUUAGGUGUAUUAAUAACUUAUUUUUAAUGUCUAGUCUAGAUAAUCUGGAAUAACUUCUGCAACAUGGGUAAGAUCCAAAACUCACAAUGUAUCUAGUAGCUUGAUGAUCAAUACAUUUUGAUGAAGUAAUAUUAAAUUUACAAUAUCUAAUUAGUAGGUCUAAAUAAAUCCAAUUCAAGAACUGAAGCCGUAAUUGCGUAAACUGUCUUACAUGUUUACUUAAUUACACUAGUUUACAAUAAUUUUGAGAUGUUAGAAUCUGUAUCUAGCUAAAACUAUAAAUGAUAGUAAAAAUAUUUUAACACAUGGAAUUUAUUUUCUUGUAGUCAAGGGGUGUAGAGGUCAAACCACCACACUUUACUAAAAUGUAAAAAAGGUGUAAAAUUUGUAAUCAGAACACCUCAAAUACCCCACAGACCUCUUAGCACAUUAGUCGCAAAUUUUUCCUUCAGAUUACUUUGAGAAUGUGCAAUUAUAAAUUACACAUCAUUUAUAAAUUACAGUCAAGAAACAGAUCUUCGAUUUUGUGAUUUGGGUAAAUCUGGUGAAAAGGUGUAGAUUUUUGGAAGCGAUUGUUUUUUUAAUUAUUUGGUUUAAUAUUUUUGGUAGUGAUGGUUGAUAUUAAUUUGGAGUAAAUCAAAUACUGCGCUUGACAUGAAGAAUAUUACACCUACAGUCACAUAUUUGGGACGAUCAAUAAUAGAAAAUACGCAAAUGUUACAUCAGCAGCAAUGAAACCCUAAAAACUGCUCUUACUCGAGCUUCAGCCCGAUUCCUGACAUAUCUGAAAAUUUGGGGACUUCAUUGCCCCAACUGUACUAGUAGUGAUUAAUUUCCAAAGUGGACCAAUGAAAUAC